UUCGCGUCCGCCGCCGCGGUGGUACCGCACGUAGUCAUUUCCACCUUCUGGGUAAACGCGGGGCGCUAUGAAGAUAGCCAAAGUUUCGUUCGUAUAAAUAUUCUUCGACCGUUGACCAACAGCAACAGUUUAGCUGCAGCAUUCGUUCUAGUGCCACAUUUGUCCCAUCGUACAGGAGAUCCAAAAUGUUCAAGAUCAUCGCUUUGGUUGCCUGUCUGGCCGUUAUCGUAUCGGCUGAAUACUACCUAGAAGAACACCACCAUCAUGAAGAUCAUCAUCAUUCGCAUCCAAAGUACAAGUUCGAAUACGGUGUAAAGGACCCCCACACUGGUGACCACAAGAGCCAGUGGGAACACCGCGACGGAGAUGUGGUUGUGGGAACCUACACUCUGGAUGAAGCCGAUGGAACCCACCGUAUUGUGUCCUACAACUCUGAUGACCACAAUGGAUUCCAGGCUCACGUGCAACGAGUUGGACACGCUCACCACCCACACGGUGAAAGCUACGCCAACAUCGAUCAGCACCACUAGAAAGGAAUGGGCGGCGUAAUUGUUCUUUUUGUUUUAUCAGUUAUUUGAUUGUUGCUAGUUGCAUAAGAAGAUCACAUGUCAAAACAAUAGAACGUUCCUCGCUAGUACAAUUGAAAA